AUGGCGGUUCAAGAUAAAAUAGAGAAUCUAUGGCAAGAAUUGAGAGACCUAAGCUUAGGCAUCACGCCCAAAGUCGACCACCUACCCACCCCACCCACUCCCCUCCAAUUCCUCCGUGACUACGUCACCCCAAACAAGCCUUGCCUCAUUUCCGCAGCCACCCACCACUGGCCUGCCCUCUCCUUAUGGUCCUCCACCUCCUACCUCAGGGACACCCUCUCCUCAACACCCGUAUCUCUCCACCUCACCCCAACCGGUCGCGCUGAUUCCCUAACCCCACACCCCACUUCUCCUUCCUCUCUCUGCUUUGCAUCUGCCCAUGUCCAAACCCUCCCUUUUGAACAGGCAUUGGAUCGGGUUCUGGAGUCUGAUUUUAAUCGGGUGUCGUAUUUGCAGGAACAGAAUGACUGUUUUCGUGCUGAGUAUGGGGCUUUGGCGAGGGAUUGUGAAGAGGAUGUUCCUUGGGCGAGUGAGGCACUGGGGUGCCGGCCUGAGGCUGUGAAUUUGUGGAUUGGGAACCAUUUUUCGGAGACUUCGUUUCACAAGGAUCAUUAUGAGAAUCUUUAUGCUGUUGUAACUGGGGAGAAGCAUUUCCUACUGCUUCCUCCUACUGAUUUUCACAGAAUGUACAUCCGUGAGUAUCCGGCUGCUCGAUAUCACUAUCAUAAGGAUACUGGAGAAUUUACACUGGAGCUAGAGGAUCCGAUUAGGGCUGUGCCAUGGUCUAGUGUGGAUCCAUACCCUUCACAUGAGGAGAAACGGGGAGAAGUAGAUAAGUUUCCUUUGUACUUCAAUGGACCGAAGCCAUUUGAAGUUACGGUCAAGGCAGGGGAAAUGCUUUAUUUGCCGAGCAUGUGGUUUCAUCAUGUUAGACAGAGUCACGACAACUCAGGACUCACUAUUGCGAUAAACUAUUGGUAUGAUAUGCGGUUUGAUAUUAAGUAUGCUUACUUUAACUUCCUGCAAUCUAUACCUUACUCACCACGGAAGGAUCCUGCUUCAUGUAAAGUGAUAAACGUGAAAUCGAGCUUAAGUGGAUCUUCAUGCAACUCGGGAGGUGAAUCGGAUAUAACUGAAUCUUUACCAAAUCUUACUGUUAGAGAUGACAGUGAUGGUGAAAUUGAUGAGCUAAGUUAUAAACUGGACUGUGUUUGA